UGUGUUAUUUCAUAGUUUUGAUGUCUUCACUAUUUUUCUACAAUAGUAAAAAUAAACAAACCCCUGGGAAAAGUAGGUGUGUCCAAACUUUAGACUGGUACUGUAUAUUUGAUUUGUCUUCCUAUUAGACUUUUACUGUGUCAGUCUGAAAUCUAUUGGCUUCACAACCUGUAAUGUUGUUGAGUAUCGGUGCUUGAGAAAGACAAAGGGGAGAUGAGGGGUUGUGUGUCUGUGCAGGGAAACUGGGUUCCAAGCAGAGCCUGGGGGCUGACCAGAGUCAGAGUGACCCAGAGCCCAGGGAGGAGCAGAGGUCAUCAGACAACACCCAGGGCAGACAGGGGGUCUGUUGGGUCACCACCACCCCCUCCGGACACAGAGUAGCCACCAUGGGGGACCAGAGCACAGACCCUGGCCCGGUCCUGGCCUUCAGAGCCACAGACCCUGUCAGCCAAACUGUUGUUAUCACCCGGGAGGACAAGGUGAUGUCUGUGCUGGACAGAGACGGGACGGUGAUCAUCGACCAUGCAGACGGAACCAGGAUCACUACCCUGUACCAGGAGAGAGAGGCUCUCAGUGGCUGGUCCCAGGAACACAUUAACACAGGGGAGAGAUGCAGCAGUGUGUAGGAAGGAUAGAUCAUGGUGUGAUA